GGUCUCCUGCACUGGACUCAGACCUCCUCAGAGACCUCAGCCUCCCUGGCAGUGGAGAUCAGCUCCUAUGUUCUGCUGGCUUCCCUCAGUGCCUCUCCUCUGUCUUCCUCUAACCUGGGCUAUGCCUCCCGCAUCAUCAGGUGGCUGGUGAGACAGCAGAACGCCUAUGGAGGCUUCUCCUCCACACAGGUAUACUUCCAAAACACCUCUGUUCCAAAAUGGCUCCCUGUGCUGUGCACUAGUAGUGAGGCAUUAUUACCUUGACUUUUACCAGACCACAGGCUUGUAUGUGCUUAUUUUCAUGGCAAGCCUGGUGAGGCUAACUUCCACUGAAAUGGAGUCAAGAAAUCAUAAUGGAUGGAAAUGGGAAAUAGUCACUCUAGGAACUGACCAAUGUAAAAAUCGAUCCUUUAUGUAAAAUUUGGUAUUUUCUUCAUUUUGAACAGAUUGUUCUGUGGUCUGUUUGUGUGUGUGUUUAGAACACAGUUGUGGCCCUCCAAGCCCUAGCUCUCUACUCCACCAGGGUGUACAGUAGAGAGGGUGCCAGCACAGUGACAGUACAGUCUCCCAGUGGGGUACAGCACCUCUUCAAAACAACAAGCUUCUCUACCAGGAGAGGUCGAUGUAGGACACCGAAUGGAAGUACAGCGUGGAAGUGAAGGGCAGUGCUUGUGCCUCAGUGCAGGUCAGUGAACACAAAUCUAUCCUCCCAAUCCUAUGGUGGCAAAAUACAAUUUUAUCUAUCACUAAAGCUACAGUCUGGGAAUGAUUUUUUGUUUUGUUUUAGCAAAACAGCAGCCCUGUGCCACUUGAUUUGGUAUACAGCUGAGGGAUAUGGCGGGGGAAAUGUAACUCCUCGUGAAUCAUUGUUAUAUUCUUUAAGCCUCAAUGGUUAUAAUUCAAGAAUUGAAGUAACCAUCAUACAGAUAGCCAUAUCCCAGACUGGGGCUUGAAGAAGCCUCUCCUUAAUAAGUUCUAAUUUAUGUAAUGUUUAAUAUACUAGCUUAUAAAAUAUAUAUUUUUAGACAGGAUGGUUUCCCUGACUUCUUCUUCCCUCUUUCCCAGGUGGCGCUCCACUACAACAUUCCUACUCCUACUGACAGCACAAUGCUCAGUAUCCAGGUGAAGACAGAGGUUGACUGCAACAGCAACUCUUUGAGACCCAGAGUCACGCUGAAACUCCAGUGUCAGUAAGAAUGAAUUACACAUUUGGAUUCACAGAAGCAUUCUUUCAAUCAGUUUAUCGAUGACACUCCAAAGUGUUAUUUUGGAGCAUGUCUUACAGAAUGGACUUGGCCCAAAAUACUUGGUAUCCUAUUGGUUAUUUAAUUUCUAGUUUGUACCUAGGCUUGGAUCAGUAACAGUAAUAAAACAUAUCUGGUAUUUUUAUGGCUAAAAUAAUAUAAUUAUCCAUUCAUUUGAUUAUUACAAGCACUUGUCAAAAUCAAACUUUGAUAUCACAGGCAUCUCUUUGCUUUCACAAAUAUCAUGGAAAGGAGCUGACCACCAAUAUGAUUAUAGUGGAUUUGAAAAUGCUGUCUGGGUUUGACCCAGAGUCUCUGGGGGAGGGUGAGUUUUUGUGGUAACAUACAUUUAUGGUGUUACCUGUGACCUUUUUACAUGUAGCUCUUGCCUCUCAUCUGUGAACCUUUCUGAAACAUACUUUUUUGGUCCAUGCAAUAUGAACAAUCAAUAAAUGGGAUGUCUUCACAGCUGAGCGGUUCACUUUUAGUGGAUCGUGUCGAUACUAAAGAUGACCAUGUGUUAAUGUACUUGAGAGAGGUGAGACCAGUUUGCACACUCAAUAUAAUGGAAUUAAUCUGAAAUAACAUACUUUAUAUAUUGACGUACUUCUGGUAACAUACAUCUACUCUGAAAUUAUUUGUGUGGAAUGUCCUUCAGUCAGAAAAGCUGAUAGGAAACUUCAGCUUAGAGCGUUGUAAAUAAAUGUUUUUUUUCCUCCCAACAGUUACAUCACUAUUUCCUUUCAACCACACCCUGGACAUCAUACAGGAGCUCCCAGUACAGAAUCUAAAGCCAGCGGUGGUCAAGAUCUAUGACUACUAUCAGCUAAGUAAGUUUAUAUCUAACCCUCCCCAAAACAUGUUUUCCCCUCUUCUUUUUAGUAACAUUUGGUUAACUUGUUUGGUUAAUUUACUGAGAUUUAUCUGUCUUAUUGUUGUAUUCAGGUGACCAGGCAGAGACA